AAUGGCCAUUGUCAGCUAAUUGUGAAAGAAAAAAUAACAGCAACAGCUGACUAGGAGGUGCCAGUGAAAGUGAAGUGUCCUGGUCUGUCUACUCUCUCUCUCUCUCUUUCUUCCUUUGACAUGAGCGUGUUGGAAUCUGUCACUUACCAUCUUGACGACCUCCUCUGUCUGCUGCUUUGAUCUCGUACGAAAUAAGAAACAAGCACCUAUUUCGCUCGGGGAUCUAAAACCCACGUUAUCCUCGCGUUUGGACUGAUCUACCACAGACGUUGGCGGUUGCACAGUUGAGGCUCCCGACAAGCGCGCGCCAGGGAAAGCUAUAUCUGGCCAUGGCUGACCCGGCCCGCAGCGGCGGCGGCAGGCACGUCCACUUCGCCGCCCCGACGACAUCGCCUUACCGUAUCAAUCCCGGCGACCGUUUAGCGACACCUUCUCUAUCACGUCCUGUCAGUCGUCCACCGACGGGCCAUGUUACUGGAGCACUUGCGCCUCCUUGGCCGUUCAAUCCUGAAGAGACUGCGUUAAUCAGGGCAGGUUAUAAACCCUGCUAUACGCCGAAGACCGCUGCCGCCUCGAGUGAAUCGGUCCAAGAGUCAGGACCAGAACCAAGAAACGCCCCGUCUGUUCCUAAGAGCGCGCUCAAGAAGCCUGGGGAUUGGAGAACUCGCCAGAGGGAAGAAAGACGUCGGACGAACAUGGCUGAACCAAGAGCCCGUGCCGCAAGGCACAAGGGCCAAAUGAACUUUGCGCCUGAAUUGCGUCUUCUCCUUCUCGCAUACGGUGAUCCCAGUCCGCAUCCUUCUUUCCCCUCAGAACCACUUCCCGAGACCGUCCGCGUCCUCGACGAGAUCGUAACAGACUUCGUCCUGGAGAUGUGUCACACAGCCGCCCAGUACGCGACCUAUUCUCGCCGACAGAAGAUCAAAGUCGAUGAUUUCCGGUUCGCUCUGCGCCGCGAUCCGAACAAGCUAGGUCGUGUGCAGGAGCUGCUGCGGAUGGAGCGCGAACUGAAGGAAGCGCGAAAGGCUUUCGAUCAGAACGAUGACCAGGUUGGUGCACUCAAGGAGGCAGGUAAAAAGGGCCUUGGCGAUGUCGGCGAGAGUGUCGAUGGGGUGAGUACUGCGGGGAAGAAGGCAAAGAGCAAAGGAAAGAGAGGAGCCCGGAGAGAUUCAGAUGGGACUGAAGGGACAGUCUCGAAGAAGAGGAAGGUUUGAAAGGAAGAGUAAUGUCGAGUUGAUCUGGGGGUCGACUGUUGGGCUCUUAUUUGUUUUUAUUGCUGAUUUUGCAUCGCAAUGGCGUUUCGGUGGUCCCUAUUGUCAUUUAGAUUUCAGGAUGGGCGGCUUUUGUCUUUGGGGUCCUCUUUAUUUUCUAACUGGGCACAAAUCAUACGGGAAAUGCUCGUGAAAGGCAGCUUGACUAGGGUCAGAAUGCAUACAUAUAUAUCUACCAUGACAGAAACCCAUCUUCUACAUACAACAGUGGGAAACGGAAUCGGAGAUUAUCUAGCUAGCUCAUUUCCUGUUCAUUUCAUCGAGAUUGGCAGUUUUGCCGUUGCUUCAUAAAAGUGGCGGGCGGUCCCUUUUUCUUUUCUUUUAGCUUUUACAGCGGGUUUUCUC